AUGUCCAACUAUUCACUUAAAUUCUCAUUCACACAAGCAGGUCUUGCAGCACUUCAUUCAUCACAACAAAAAGUAUGUGUUGUCAAGUCUGUCAAUGGUCAAGUAUCCAAUGUUGUUUGGGUUACCUUCAAACCAUUCUUGUCCAAUAGUUUAGAUUGGAAAGAGGAAUAUGGACUCUACUCAAGUAACACUCAGAUCCAAAACGGUGCAACCAUCAGUCGUAUCUCUACACUAAAGUCAGCCAGCAAGACACACCAAUAUCCAUUCAACAGUGCCGGUUUCUUUGAUCAAGCCAAUGGUGUAUCUGUCAAAUCAUACGGUCUAGUCAACAACUAUGGUGAACCACUUACCUUUGGUCUCACUCAAUCAGCACUUAUCAACGGUGUACAAGUAGACAGCGAGCUAAAUGCCACAACAGUUCUAAACAACCAAUCAGCUGAAUACACACCAAUAGUAACACUAUCAGUCUAUGUAGCUGCGUCAUUCAACAAUGGUUCAGUCAUCUCUUCCAUUACCAGUCAAUCUCUCACCCUUACCUAUACCUCUGAUACCUCAAAAUCUGUCUUUUAUGAUGACAACUCGAAUUCCUUUGUCGAGGGAAAUGUCUCAAAUUAA